UGAGCGAGCAUUGUUGUCGCUCAAAAUCACAGAAGCAGCUAAAACCAUUUGAUCGAUUCGGAGAAGAGAAAGGAAGGAUGGGUGGAGGAAUGGAGACGAACAAGAACAAGUUCAUCGAGGACUGGGGAUCCGCGAGGGAGAAUCUCGAGCACAACUUCCGAUGGACACGUCGCAACUUCGCUCUCAUCGGAAUCUUCGGCAUCGCUCUCCCCAUCAUCGUCUACAAGGGCAUCGUCAAAGAUUUCCAUAUGCAAGACGAAGAUGCAGGCAGACCACAUAGAAAGUUCCUCUGAGGUUCUUUGCGAGAACACUCUCUUCUGCAAAAGGUCUCAGCAUUGUGAAAGUUUCAAGAAGCUGAUGCUUGCACCCUCCUUUUUUGCAUUUUAUUCAGAAUAAAAGAACAUCCCAAGGAUUAUAACUUCUGUUUGAAAAAGUGUGUAAUAAAUUUUGACUUUUCUUUUGAUUUGAAUUUAUAGCAUCUCCAUGAUUUAACAUUUGUAAGUGGUUGAGAGCUUUGGUGUAAUCCAAACAAAAGAAAUGGUUUUAUUGGAUGCAGAGUUUGAUUAA